AUGUCGCAGUUGGGUGAUAAGACCAUUGAGGAAUACGCGAGGAAGACUCUGGGCCUGGAUGAAGAGCAUGAUAAGCCUACACCUCCAUUCUACUUGUCAGCGUUCACAAACCAUAUGGAACGCUUUCCUAAUGAUACCAACUUUAUCAUCGAGUUGGCGGAUCCGAGGAAGAAGAAUAGUGAUAUAGGAGGGAAUGGGUUUGGAGUCAUCACAUGCAUGGAAGAUCUCUGCUGGCAAGAUAUCAUCCUCGCUGCUGAUCCUGAUAAACCAGAUGGAGGGAGACAAGAUGGGUUUGGAAGUUUCUCCAACUAUCAAGACCAUUGUCAUGAAGCCAAUCAUAUCCGAGCGAGGUCUGUGCGUUGUGAGAAACUGGGUAUAAAUAAUCAGCAAAAUGCCAAUUCUUUCUCUUCUUCUUCUCUUUCUUCAAGACCUCCUAAUCCUUUCGAAUACCCUUCUUCUUCUUCGGCAACAACGCAUCCUGAACCUACCCAACCGGGUGCAUCGAGAUCCUCAAUCCUGGAUAACCUCCCUCUUACCGGUCCCUCGUCUUCCACUCCAUCUCCUUACAGCAUGUUGGGUCGACCGAAACCUUCCACAAGUCCAUCCAAGCGGUCUACUGAUAACAACGACAGAAAACCUAGAUUAUCGUUCACCUCCUCACCUACUCGACCGAGCCGUUCGCUCCCUAUCGAUGUAAUCAGCAUAUCAUCGGGAUCAUCUCCCGCAUCGGAUGACGAGAACGAGUUCGACGAAUUGGCGGAAGAUUCGGAUGACGAUGGUGUGAUUCCCUUAUCCGAAGAUGAGAUACCCGAUCAAUACAGGAAAGUCACCAAUAAAGAUAAUCCAAUCUUACUUUCCGAUUCCGACGACGAGGAUAUGGUGGUUAGAGAUAGAGGCAAGGGUAAAGCUGUCGCUCGUACCCCUUCCAACAUCCAAAUCCCCCUCGCCCCGAUCUUCACCCUCUCCCAAUCUAAUAGAAAGCCUAAGACUGAAAGCGAGGUCGAAGGUGGGAUUGAGAUGGUAAGAGAUGAUAGUGGGUCUAGUAUCGGGGAGAAACAGAAGACAUUCAAUGAUUUUCUGAGCAAUAUCUCUAAGAGCUCAAGUAAAGAUAAGGGAAAGAGCAAGGAGACGAACUCCGAACCCAAUCGAGUUCAGGCGCUGUCUUCGGAGGAGAAGAUAAAGAUGAUGCUGCAAGAAGAGGCAGAGAUGAAACCUACCCCAGCUAUUCGCAAUUCGAAUCCAGCAUUACCUAACCAAAAUGCCAUUGCUCCUAUUGCGCAACCUCAGCCAAAUGGUGCUAACAUCGCCUAUUAUGAUCUGGAAGCGAAAUACCUUCGUUCUCCUGAAGUCCAAGCCCAAUGUAUCGUCAAGCCCGAACUUUCUCUUUUAGUCAACGGUCGAUUAAGGGUUUUGGCUAUUCUCAUGGUCAACCGAGAUGUCCGACGAGAAUACUUCCCACCUUCCCCAUCUUUACUUACUCUCUUGCCCCAACUCCGAUAUAGAGGUCCACCAUCGCUUGUCAACCAAGCAAUACCCAAGGCUGCAGCUGGACCAUCCACCCAACCUGGUUCGAACGCCAUAAUGAACGGACAGCACAAUGGUUAUGCAGGUGUUGACAUGCCUGGAGCAUGGAAUGCUGGGCCUCCUCCUGCACCAGGACUAGGUGGACUUUACCCUAUUCAUGGCAUGUAUGCCGCGGGAGAUGAUGAUGAUGACAUGUCGAUGAGAGACAUCUAUGGUAGAUUGGAAGAAUAUGAUCGACCAAGAACCGAAGAAGGCCUUCAUUCCUUCUUUGACGAGAACCUCAAAGAUUUCAUCGAGGAUACAACUGUCGAAGAAUCGCUCAAUCGACUUGGUCUCAACAGUAUGGAUGACCGUCUUCCAGAUUUGAAAAUCAAAUUGAUGGCUCAUCAGAUCCUCGGAGUCGACUUCAUGAUCGAGAAAGAGAAGGAUAAAAAAUAUCUGGGUGGUAUCAAUGCCGAUGCUAUGGGUCUUGGAAAGACUGUUCAGUCGAUUGCUACUAUUGCUAGUCAUCAGAGCGAAGAUCCGAAAGUGAAAACUACGCUUAUCAUUGCACCCCUCGCUCUUCUUCAUCAGUGGAAGAACGAAAUCGAAGCGAAAACAUCUCCAGGUUUCCUUCGAGUUUUGAUAUAUCAUGGGCCGAAGAGGGUGAAGAGCAAACACAACUUGAAGCAAUAUGAUGUAGUCCUUACCACUUACGGAACUCUGGUCGCUGAAGCAGGACCGAAAGAGAAGCGCAAAAAGGCAGGUAGCGAUGAUGAAGAAGACUACAGAGAUAUCAAGAAACAAGGUCCCUUGUUCAAAGUACAUUGGUGGAGAAUCAUCCUUGAUGAGGCGCAUCAGAUCCGAAACAAAGCUACUCGAGCUACCAAAGCCUGUUGGGCUCUCAAAUCACAUCUUCGAUGGUGUCUGACGGGUACUCCCAUCGUCAACACGUUAGACGAUAUGUUUCCUUAUCUCCAUUUUUUGAGUAUUUCCCCUGCGGCGCAAUGGGAACACUUCAGAGGCCAUAUCUCCCAAGUUCAGAAAAGACGACCCAAGCUCGCGACUAAGCGUAUGCAGGCUCUGAUCCGACCUUGUUGUAUUCGAAGAAAUAAGGACUCCGAACUCAACGGUCAAAAGCUUCUUCAGCUGAAACCUAAAUACACCAAUGUGGUUGAACUCAGCUUCACCGAUGACGAGAGACAGAUCUAUACGGCUAUUGAAAAUAGGUUCCAAGUGCGAUUCAAUUCUUACCUUAAGAAAGGAACGGUCAUGAAGCACUACUCGGUCGUCUUGGUAAUGCUUCUCCGUCUUCGACAGCUCACUUGUCAUCCCUGGCUACUCCGACGAAACCCCAACGACGGUGCACACGAAGGAGAUGUAUUGGUAUCGGAUGAAGAUCUCCUAUCCGGUGUCGAUGCCGUGAAGACUGACAAUAUCGCCGAAGUUGCUCGAGCUAAGACACUUUUGGGAGAUGAAGUGGUGCAACAAAUGAAGAAGAAAUUAGCGGAACGACAAGCGAAGAUUAACGAUGCUGCAUCUGACGACACUGAGGCGUCGCGAGAAGAGGAAUGUCCCAUCUGUUCCGACGUUUUCACCGACGAACGAAUUACCCCAUGUCUUCAUUCUUUCUGUGCACCAUGUCUACAAGAUGUGUUCAAUAGCGCUGCGAACAAUGCAGAUCUGGCCGAUGCUGAUAUACACGCUGGUAGAAGGGCUUGUCCGUUAUGUCGAGGGCCCAUCGAAAGAGGACGAGUUUUUAGAGCGGACGCGUUCGUGGAACAUGAUAAGGAGGAUGAAGAGAGUGAUAUGGCUGAGGAAGAUGGAGUUGACGAUGAUAUCGAUGCGAAGUUGGAGCAUAACGAGGAAGAAGAGGAAUAUGAGGAGGGAGAUAGGAAAGGGAAAAGAAAGGCUACUGGCGAUGUCAAACCUAGACUUAUCAAGAAGAAGAAGAACGUGGAGAAACGUGAAGGUGAAGAUCCUCUUGCAGAUGUUGCUGGUGAUUUGGCCAUGGAAGAUGUCCCUCCUUCUACGAAGAUGAGGAAACUUGGUGAUCUUAUCGAUGAAAUCGACAAAAAGGGUCCCACUGACAAGAUCAUCGUCUUCUCUCAAUUCGUUCAAUUCAUCGAACUCUGUUCUUUAUUCCUUACUCGAAAAGGUAUCAACCACGUUAGAUAUAUUGGAAGUAUGAAACAGGAUGAGCGAGAAAAGGUGUUGAAAGAUUUCGGAGAAUCACUCAAGGAUAAACCCAACUCUCCCAAAGUCAUUUUGAUGUCGCUGAAAUGUGGUGGAGUGGGAUUGAACCUUUGUGCGGCUAAUCAUGUAAUUUGUAUGGACCUCGCAUGGAACGCCGCCACAGAAAACCAAGCUGUCGAUCGAGCUCAUCGAAUUGGUCAAGAUAAAGAUGUUCAUGUGCAUAGACUGGUCAUUGAAAAUACCGUCGAGCAACGAAUUAUGAAGUUGCAAGAAGAGAAGCAAGCGCUAUCGGACGGUGCGAUGGGCGAAGGUGCUGCUGGAAGGUUAGGUAGAUUGAGUGUAAGGGAUCUUAUGAGGUUGUUCGCUGUUGGUGGAGAUGGUGAGGAUUAG